GCGUAUGGUAUUUUUUCCAGUCGGAUCUCGACCAGGCACGCGAGGAUGCAGUACCGUGAGCACCUAGUUACUGCAUGGAUCGAGGUUUCAUGGCCGUGAUGAUCCUUGCACAAUGCCUCACACUCUCGAGUGACUGCUACUAUCCUACUAUGCUGCUGCUCCUGUGUGUUGUACUGACCACUGUAAUCGGUACCCACUGCCUAAACUUCCCCAUUGCAAAAGUGUACGUACACCCGGGUGUUGCACUGGGUGUGUCGAUCAUACCUUUGGUUCACCCAGACGCCGAAGAAGAUCCAGUACACGGGUGGCGCAAUAUCAGUGAUAAUAAUGAUAAUCGUGUUGUUUGUCAAUGCUUGCAGCCGUCGCUGCUGACGAUCGGACUGCUGGUCGGGCGGGCGGGCAGGCACAUGCAGACCGCCGACUCUCGACCAAAGAAAAGCGACAUGGUCAGCGUACGAAGACUUGAUCGAUGGUGUUCUCUUCCGUCUGCCACUCCGCGUCCUUUCGUUUGCUUCGCGUCGUCCGCUUCGUCUCUGCCGCUGGCUCGUGACUGACUUUGUCGCGCCCUCGACCAUGGAUCUGUCCUCACGGGAAAUAUUGUGUCUGAGGGACUUCCACCUCUCGCAUCUGCAUCUGCGCACCGUCCCUGUGCCCCGUGCGGCCGGAUCGGAGGAUUCGUUGCU